AUGAAAUCUCUAUCAAUUAUAAUUAUAUCUAUAAUAUUAUCAAUAUUUAUACGAUGCAACGAUGCAGCAACACCUUUACAAUGGAGUUCAAGAAUCAUCUAUCAAUUGCUAACUGAUAGAUUUGCUCUAUCAAACAAUGCCGAUACACCAUGCCCCGAUAUAAGCACCUAUUGUGGUGGUACAUUCCAAGGUAUUGGUCAACAUUUAGAUUAUAUUCAAGGAAUGGGUUUUGAUGCUAUUUGGAUUUCACCUGUCAUUACAAAUUAUCCUGGAGGAUAUCAUGGAUAUUGGCAAACAGAUAUUUAUUCAAUUAAUAGUAAUUUUGGUACAAGCCAAGAUUUAUUAAAUCUCAUUCAAGAGUGUCACGCUCGUGAUAUUUGGGUCAUGUUGGAUGUUGUCGCUAAUCAUAUUGGCCCAGUUGGUUAUGACUAUACAACAAUCAACCCAUUUAACCAAGAUGAACAUUAUCAUGAUUGUUCGUCUUGUCCAUCUCAAUGUACUAUUAGUGAUUUUAAUGAUCAACCACAAGUUGAAAUAUGUAGGUUGGCAGGAUUACCAGAUUUAGAUCAAAACAAUACAUUUGUCAGAGAGACGUUGGUAUCAUGGAUUCAUAAUAUCACCCAGUUUUAUGGAUUCGAUGGUAUAAGAGUAGACACUGUACCAGAAGUACAACAAGACUUUUGGUCAGACUAUUGUCAAGCUGCAGACAUGUAUUCAGUGGGUGAAGUGUACAAUGGUGACGUUCAAUACGUUGCACCGUACCAACAAUACCUCGACGGUCUACUAAGUUACCCAUUAUUCUUUGUACUGAGAAAUGUAUUUGAACAACAACAAUCAAUGUACAAUAUCCAAUCAAUGAUGCAACAGUAUCAAGCUUCUUUUGGUAAUUUAUCAUACUUGGGAACUUUUAUUGAUAAUCACGAUCAACCACGUUUCCUCAAUGGUCAAAGUGACAUGCAACUCUACAAGAAUGCAAUCACCUAUGUAUUGACGGCUGUCGGUAUCCCCAUCAUCUACUAUGGCACCGAACAAGGAUUCAACGGAGCCAGUGAUCCAGACAACCGAGAACCACUCUGGCCAUCAGGAUUCAAUAAUCAAACCGAUCUCUACCAAUUCAUAAAGACGGUCAACCAAUUCACAAAACAAGUAUCCAUUAGUCAAUACCCACAAAUCCAACGGUAUGCCGACGACACCUUUUAUGCCUACACUAGAGGUGAUGUCUUUGUUGCCCUCACCAAUGGUGGUUCAAAUCAAGGUCAAAUUUCAAGAAAUAUUACUUAUCAACCUUAUCCUGAUAAUACUGUUUUAUGUAAUAUAUUUUGGGAAACAGAAGAUUGUAUUAAAGUUGUAAAUGGACAAUUUGAAGUAUUUUUAGAUCAAGGUGAAUCAAAGAUUUAUCAUCCAAUUACAUAA